GGCGUCGCGCGAGGCGCCGCCUGGUGACGUCGGCUCAUUGACAGCGCGCGGCGGCGGCGGCUGCCAUGGUGGCUGGCGGCAGGGUGCGCCAUGUCUAGCCUGGGGGUCCUGGGCGGCGCCCGCGCCCGCGCCGGCCUGGGGCUGUUGCUGGGCGCCGCCGCGGGCCUCGGCGUCCUGUGCCUCCUCUACGGUCAGCGGUGGAGACGGAGCCAGCGCCACGGCCGGAACCAGAGCCUGCCCAACGCCCUGCACCUCGCGCCGACGCCCGAGUCCGGACGCCAGGUGGUGCGGCUGCGAGCCGUCCCCGGGGAAGCUGGAGAUGCGGCCGUGCUGCCCAGCCUCCCACAGGAAGCGCAGGAGAAGGCGCUGGACCGCCUGGACUUCGUGCUGACCAGUCUGGUGGCGCUGCGGCGGGAGGUGGAGGAGCUGAGGAGCAGCCUCCAAGGGCUGGCUGGGGAGAUUGUUGGGGAGUUGCGGUCACAAAUGGAAGAGCACCAGCGAGCGACUCGGCGGCGCAGGUUCCCAUUUGCCCGGGAGAGGAGCGACUCCACCGGCUCCAGCUCCAUCUACUUCACGGCCUCCUCAGGAGCCGCGCUCACAGACGCGGAGAGCGAGGGCGGUUACACCACUGCCAACGCGGAGUCUGACUACGAGCGCGACUCUGACAAGGAGAGCGAGGAUGAGGAGGACGAGGCGAGCUGUGAGACGGUGAGGCUGGGGAGGAAAGACUCUUUGGAGCUGGCGGCGGAGGCGGCGUCCACAGCGGUGUCGGGCUCGCCGGAGGCGGGAGAUGCCCCUGGCCUGGAGGAGGUGCGGCCGCUCCUGCAGCAGGCGGAUGAGCUGCACCGGGGCGGCGCGCAGAGCAAGCUCGAGGGCUUCCAGCUGCUGCUCAACAACAAGCUGGCGUACGGAAGCCAUCAGGACUUCCUGUGGCGCCUGGCGCGGGCCUACAGCGACAUGUGUGAGCUCACGGAUGAGGCGAGCGAGAAGAAGUCAUUCGCCCUCGGUGGCAAAGAAGCCGCCGAGGCUGCUCUGGAGAAGGGGGACGAGAGCGCGGAAAGCCACCAGUGGUAUGCAGUGCUUUGUGGCCAGCUGGCUGAGCAUGAGAGCAUCCAGCGGCGCAUCCAGAGUGGCUUUAGCUUCAAGGAGCACGUUGACAAAGCCAUUGCUCUGCAGCCAGAGAGCGCCCGAGCUCACUUCCUUCUUGGCAGGUGGUGCUAUCAGGUCUCCCACUUAAGCUGGCUAGAAAAAAAAACGGCCACGGCCUUGUUUGAAAGCCCUCUUGCUGCCACAGUGCAGGACGCCCUGCAGAGCUUCCUAAAGGCUGAAGAACUACAGCCAGGAUUCUCCAAAGCAGGAAGAGUGUAUAUUUCUAAGUGCUAUAGGGAAUUAGGGAAAAACACGGAAGCUAGAAGGUGGAUGAAGCUGGCCUUGGAGCUGCCCAAUGUCACUAAUGAGGAUUCAGCUUUCCAGAAGGACCUGGAAGAACUGCAAGUAAUUUUAGGAGAAUAAUCACGUUUCAAUGGCCUUCAUGACUCAAGUGGCCUUCAUGACAAGGGGCCACGUCUUAAAGGGGGAAAAAAAAAAUCAAAGCUUUAUUCGGUAGACCUUGCUGAGAUCAGGAAACCAAGCGGACUGCUUCAAGCAGUGUCCUGAUCCUUGUCUACUACGCUACCCACUACUUCCCUGACCUGUCUCUCGUCCAUCAAUUAACUUUUUCUAAUCUCUUACCUAAAACUGGGGAAGCACGGCUCAAGUUUCUUCUGUUUUUCCCCUUAACUGAAUUUUUGAAAAAUCAAGACUUAAUCACUGUCCUAGGUUUAAGUGUGGGUACAGGCCGCAGAUGAGAGACAGUGUCAGAUAGGCACUGACAUUUGUGUGUGUUUCUGUAACUAAAUCCUAGAAUCACACUACUGGGGCAAAAAGCCAGAGGCCAGAGCAGCUGUGGCCCCGAUCUGGCGCAGGGGGUGGACCACUUAAGGUCUAGAAGCUUUUGGAAUGACAGCAAUGGGUUUGAGAUACUGUGAAACAGUGAUCUGAAGAGGUACCUCGAAUAUAUUUUGGUAUAAGAUAUAUUUGAAAUAAAACCAGAUUUGAUUGUAAGUAUAUUCUCUAUUCAUUUAAUCUGUCACUGUGGUGCAGACAUGAAAGAGAGUAAGGUAUGCUCUCUAAAAACCUCAA